CCGCCAUGGCGGCGGCGUUCACGGCCCUCCGCGUCCUCCUCGGGCUCUUCUUCCUGCUCACGGGCGUCCUGAAGCUCUCCGACCAGCUCUCGGUCGACCUGCACCAGCACAUGAAGUCCCAGUUCGUGCGGUUCGCGGAGGUCUUUCCCCUGAAGGCGUUUGGGUUGGCGCUGGAGCCGGGCCGGUACCUGGAGGUGGUGGGCUGGACGGAGGCGGUGGCUGGGCUGCUGCUGGCCAUCGGGCCCCAGCUCCUGCAGGAGAUCAGCAACUUCGUGCUCAGUGUCGUCAUGAUCGGUGCCAUCUACACGCUGCUGGUGCUGCGGGAGCCGCUGGCCAUGUGUGCCCCGGCCACCCUCUGCCUCGGCCUCCUCCUGCUGCUCAACAUCCGAGGGUACUCCGACCCCCCCAAGCCCAAGUUCGAGUGAGCAGAGGCUCAGCCGGUGGGAAGCAACGUCCUGAUGGUAUUUUGGGGGGUUGGCAGCGCUUCCCUCGGGGUAAUGUGCUGCUGAGGUGCGGUGUGUCCUCUCCUGCUGCUGGGGCCCUGCUGCUGGUUGUGUCCAUGCUGUGGGCCCCAGCCCGGUGCUUUGGGACAGUGGCCAUGGCCCUGACGCUGCUCCGGCAGCUCCGUUGCUAAACUCGCACAAGGUGCCCAGCUCCUCCCAGCGUUUGGCCAUGCCAGGCUGGGGCUGGCUCUGCUCUCCCAGGGGCUUUUGUGUUUUGGAAUAAAGCCUCUUGUUUUUCA